AGAAGAGGAAAGAUCUCGACUCCUUUGCUGCAGGAGAACAAAUUUUUCCUGAGACACUUCAACUCUGUCUCCACUGACCUACUUUUCUUCUGUGCAGAGAAGCAGUGCCAAGGAUGGAAAUCUCUGUCUUCUCUGCUCUCCUGCCUCUGUUAUUGUUGGCCUUCGUGAACCAUGGCUUGAGCUGGGCAUGGACUGCUCCUGACUGCAACAUAGGAGACAGCUCCCUACUGGCUAACCUCUCCUACUACACCCCAAUCUGCUCCUUGGUCCCAGGACUGUACCUUUUUGCAUCAUGCUCCAAUAUUAAAGAUGUGAUUCAGACACUGAGAGCAGUACCCCAUGACAGAGAAGCACUUUGCCUCCAAGGAAUGGUUCCUAUCCUGCCACCCAAUGCCUUUGCUAACUUCUUCUCCCUAAAGCUUCUGAGGCUGCAGUUGGGCAACCUCAAGGUUACCUCUAAGACUUUUCAAGGAUUGGACCAACUGCAGCACCUUCACUUUGAGCAUCACGCUCCCUGUUGCAUGGGUCUAUUCCUUCCUUCAGAUGCUCUGGAGGCCCUCAUAUCACUCAAUGACCUUUCUUUUCAAGGCUACUGCCUGAAUUAUAGUCAGAACAUUCAGCUGCCAAUCAGCCUUACUUGUCUGACCCUGAGACACAGCUGUUUGACAAAGCUGCAGGAAUUGCAGGAGAUCUUCUCAAAUCUUGUGCCUGGUUCCUCUAACUCAGUCAGCCCCAGAUCAUUGGUAUCCUUUUUGGAGGUACUAGAUUUGUCAUCCAACCUGCAGCUGAACCAGGCAGGUGAUGGAGCUCUGCAUAGCCUCCAGCUGCAUUCCCUCAGAUUGGAUAGCACCCCAUUAAGUUCAAUAGGCCUUCUAGGCUCAGGACUGCUCCAACUGGGCUUUCUCUCCCUUGUGGGUACAGGUGUAAAAAAGAUGCCCGGGAAUGUGGUACGUUACUUUGCCCUUCAUGCACUUGACCUUGGAAGGAAUCAAAUCCAAGACAUAUGGGAUCCAGAUCUUACAAACUACCAUUCCCUCGAACUCCUUAGCCUUCAUGACAAUGGCCUUCAGUCUCUUCCCAUCAAGUUCCUGAGUGCUCUGCCCCAGCUCCAGAGGCUCAACCUGUCCAUGAAUAACCUGGGCUCAACCUUAGUGCUCCCAGAAGGGCUGGUUAGUGCAAAACUGAAAGUGCUUGAUCUGUCCUACAAUGAAUUUUGUAAUCUGCCAUAUGGGGCCUUCUCCUUUCUUCCUCAACUUCAGGAGCUCUGGCUGGGUGGCAACAACAUCUCCAACUUAAUGAAUGGCACUCUGGAAGGACUCAUGUGGCUGAAGACACUAGACCUGAGUUGGAAUCAAAUUAAGGUGCUAAAUCCAGGCUGGCUCUCUUCUCUUCCUUCCCUCACUUCACUGAACCUCCUAGGCACCUAUUUAGAGCAUAUCUCAGGCAAGCAGCUCCAGGGUCCCCACAAGCUGCGCCAUCUGCUGCUAGGUUCUCAUGAUAUGUUGGAUAUCUAUCCUCCCUGGCCUCCAGAACUGCUCAGCUUGGAGGUGAGGGCUGAAGGCGUUAUCCAAUUCAUAGUCCACAAUGAAGAGCCAUUCUUGUUCCUGGAGAAUCUUACCUUACAAACUUCCAAUAUACUAUUUCAUACAACAGUCUCAGACAACACCACAGUCUAUUUCCCUUCCCUAUAUCACCUCACUUUGAGAGGCAUCAGUUCCUAUGUUUUCUCAAGCCACCAGCCCCAGAAAUUUUUCUCACAGCUUCCUCGAUUAGAACACUUGCACUUCUGGUCUGAUCACAUGGACACAGAUAACAUGUGUCUUCUCAGCAUGCCCAGGCUGCAAGUGUUGGAGUUGGGAGACCUAAACUUCCUCUCUGAGUUCAGUUUAGUGAAGCUGGAGAUGCUGUUAAAGCAAGUACCUCAAUUACAGGUUCUGGCAUUGAGCCAUUUGAAUCCUGGGACUCUCUCUAUGUCCACCUUCAAGGAUUUGGGUCACCUCCGGCUGUUGUUGCUUAACUCUGAGUACUCACUAGGGUUGGACAGUAGCCUCCAGGAGCUAAUCCCCCAGAUGCCACAAUAUGUUUAUUUCUCAGAUGUCACCUUCACUUGCCAGUGUAAAAGUUCUUGGGUGGGUCCUUGGGCAACACAGGCUCCCAACACCUUUGUGUAUGGACUAGAAAAAUCCAUCUGCAUGGCAAACACUUCUGAUUACUCCAGGACUCCCUUCGUCUCUUUCCUUUCUGAUCACUGCCCACAUGAUCCUGAGUUUUGGGUCUUUCUCAUCAGCUUUAAUCUUAUACUCCUGAUGUCCACUCUUGCACUAUUUGGAUGUCCCAAGUGGUACUGGCUUCACUACCUCCAAAAUCUUUUUCAUUCCUGGUGGUGGAAAUUAUGUGGGCGUGGUCCCAGAAGACAACUUUAUUAUGAUGUCUUUAUAUCCUAUUGUCAGCAGGACAAAGCCUGGGUGCUGAAAGAACUGGUUCCUGCUCUGGAGAAGCCUCCUCCAAUAGGUGAGGGCUUGAAACUGUGCUUGCCAGACAGGGACUUCGGACUUGGUUGGGACAGGAUGGAUGCCACAGUAGCCAGCAUGGAGACUAGCAGAGCCAUUCUCUGUGUGCUCAGCUGCCAGGCCCUGAAAAGUACCUGGUGCAAUCUGGAGUUACGGCUUGCUACCUACCACUUGGUGGCCAGGCCUGCAGUGGCCCGCCUCCUUCUGCUGUUUCUGGAGACUAUUGAUAGACAGAAACUAUGUAGUUAUCACCGUCUCACCAGGUGGCUCCAGAAGGAAGACUAUUUUGAUUUUCAUCAAGGGAUGGAGGAGUGGGAUUUUUUCUGUGAGCAACUUCAGAGAAGACUCAGGGAAGCAGGACAAGAAAGAGAAGAUUAAGGGUUAUGAGUGAUUCAGGAUUUCAGGAAUGUCUUUCAACAGUGGUUUGCAUGAUAUCAAAUCACAAGGCAGGCUCACCAAGGGG